AUAUGUCUUAUAUGUCGAAUACGUAAUUUAACACAUUUUGUAAUCUUAAUAUGAAAUAUAAAUUUCAUUUUAUAACAAAAUGUUUAAUUAAAUAAAUUUCAGUGCACUUUCACUUUUUAGAGGGUCACCCUAACUUUUACUUUAGAUGAAAGUGUUGUAAAACCGCUAAAUAGAAAAGAUGCUAAAUAUGCCACCACGAAGAGCAGUUGGACGUUAGUUUCACUUGUUACGUUGGUUUUAAUUUUCGCUAGCAGCUAAACAGGCACCAUGGAACGGAAACUACACAGUGGGAUGCACCAUGCUACCCUGCGUCUGCUGCAGGAGUCGGGAUGCGAGAUAGCACCGCACAAUCUGAUGUAUCCUGUGUUUAUCGUGAGCAACGACGACGAUGUCCAACCGAUUGCCAGUAUGCCGGGAAUCUCGAGAUUCGGUUUGAAUCGCCUGAGGGAGCACCUUCAGCCACUGGUAGCCAAGGGAUUGUCCUCAGUACUACUUUUUGGCGUGGUCGAGCCGGAGCUGAAGGACGAGCAGGCUUCCAAUGCGGAUUCCGCCAAGAAUCCCGUGGUUCGAGCUCUGCCAAAGCUCCGGGAAUGGUUUCCAGAUCUCCUGAUAGCCUGCGAUGUGUGCAUCUGCCCGUACUCCUCGCAUGGCCACUGUGGCCUCCUGGGGGAAACGGGACUGGAAAAUGGUCCCAGCAUCAAGAGGAUAGCCGAGAUUGCCGCGGCUUACGCUAAAGCUGGUGCCCAUAUUGUGGCUCCUUCGGACAUGAUGGACAACCGGGUGAAGGCUAUUAAGCAAGCCCUUAUUGAUGCCGAAAUGAACAGCGUCUCCUUGCUGGCCUAUUCUGCGAAAUUUACCUCCAAUUUCUAUGGACCCUUCCGGGAGGCAGCUCAAUCUGCUCCUAAAUUCGGUGACCGAAGGUGCUAUCAACUGCCCAGUGGUUCCAGAAGCUUGGCAAUGCGAGCCAUCCAACGUGAUGUCGCCGAGGGAGCAGAUAUGCUGAUGGUGAAACCUGGCAUGCCGUAUCUAGAUAUCCUGCGAUCCACUAAGGAUUCCUACCCAUAUCAUACGCUGUACGUUUACCAAGUGUCCGGCGAGUACGCUAUGCUGUACCAUGCAGCCAAGGCUGGUGCUUUUGACCUCCAGGAGGCCGUGCUGGAAGCUAUGAAGGGUUUCCGAAGAGCUGGUGCAGAUUGCAUCAUCACCUACUAUACGCCUUUCUUGCUGGACAUUAUCGGAAAGGUCAAGUAAUUAUCUACCUCAAAAGUGUAAUUUCGAUGACUUGAAAACAUUAUCAUAUAGAUUAGAGUGGACUUGGUAAAGCUGCAAUUAGUUAACUUUAACUUUUUAUAAGAUAUAGUGGAAUAGUAGAGAAUAUGUUUUUAAAUAUUUUUAUAGAGCACUUCAUAGACACGAGUUUAAAGUUUAAACUUAUACAUUUUUAUAUGCAGAUGAUCAAAUUUUGACUUGGUUUUAGGGACCACAACGUUUAAUUAAUGAACUAAGCAAACAAGACUUAAUGGCUAUUACUUACAUAUGAACGAUAAGCAUUACAAUCAAUGUUUUUGAUAUACAAGGUAUCACCUUCAACUUUACAUACCACAGAGGUCCACUCUAAUCUUCACUCACCAUUACUAGUGCUUUUAGUUAGAGUGCCACCCUCCAUACGCGCAAAUACACACACAGACAAACUAGAAUGUA